ACUGGUGGUUUGAAUGGUCGACUUUCGAGCUUGAACAAGGUCUCGAAUCACACAUUCAAACACAGUCAGCUCAUUUGUCAGAUCUAGUCAACUUUUAUCAGAUGCAGUCUUUUUCAAAUCAACAAGUUAUUUAAAGCUCAUUCGUUAGUGUGUAUUAUAUCGAUCUACCGAUUGAAAUUAUCCAUCGUGCAUUCAAUGUGAAUAUUUUUCGUGUUUGUUUUCUCUUUUUGCUAUAUAGUGAAGCUAAGUUGUGGUGCGAUUUGGAAAAUCUUUAGUACCAUCCAACAUUUCGUAAAUAAAAAUAACCGGUCAAAGUGAAAAAAUCAUGUCAGUUUACUACGCGUCGUGUAAUGAUUUAUCGUAUCGAAUCCAUGAUUUAGAAAAGCAAAUAUCAGAACGAGAGCACAAAAUGUGCGCGAAUGAAGCAAAAAUAUUUUACGAAGAUCUUAUAUCCGUUCACGAGACAUUGGUAGAACAUGAAAACCAACUAAAAACAACCUGCGAUGGCUAUACAUCAACGGACUACUUCGCCAAGGAUAUGCGUAAGACCCAUUUGAUGACAACAAACCUUAAAAUAAAAUUGACGAAAAUCUUAUCAUCGUUCGAAUCAAAAUCAUCAACAGAAGCCAGAGUUAAUUUAGACUUGUUAUUCCAAAAAAGAGAAUCAUUGAUGAAACGAAUAUCUUCAUUAGAAUCCACAGAAGAUCUUUGUUCGGAAAAAGCUGAAGUAAUGUCUAAUCAUCUCAAUUUGCUCUACGAGUCUUUCGAUUCAAAUCAAACUGAAAUCGAAUCACAAGUCAGAGGCGGUGUACUUGAUAGCGAAAUGGAAAUUUCUGAGCAGGUUCAAAACAAAGUGAUCGAACUUCAAGCAAAGUUUAAAAAAAUUUUCGCACCGAUUGAACUUUCAUCUUCGUCGAUACAAUCCGAGGCAUUACAAUCUGAGCAAAUCAAGUUAUCGGAAUUGGAAAGUAGCCUUCGAUCGAUAGAACUCAAAUUGUCUAAUCUUACGGACUUGUUGGAAUCGCGAUCAAGCAGAGAUGAAACUGAGAGUAAUAUCAACGACGUCUACACCCAUCUUGAAGAUAACUCGGAAAUAUCUAAGGAUAUCCAAAAUAAGAUAAUUUCUCUUCAAACUACAUUGAAUGAAUCCAUCGUCGUUAACAAAAAUCAUGAAAAAAACGCUCUGAAUAAGCUGGAUAAAAUUUUGGAAUUUAACGGACGUUUCGAACAAGAUAAUAAAACUAAGACAUUAGCAUCUUUAUUGAAAUCAGAAAGUAAUCUUCGAGCGAUAGAACUCAAAUUGUCUGAACUCGUCACUUCGUGCAAAGAGUUACCGCAACUGCGUUCGGAUGGAUACGAAACCAGAAAAAAUGUCAUCAAGAUCGUGAACUCUCUCAAUGAUAAUCUAAGCAUAUCUAGGGAUACUCAAACACAGAUGCGUAAUUUCUUAGUCACUGACAACAACCGUACUGCUAUACUAAAUGAUAUCCGGACGAAAGUAAAACAAAGCGCUUCACUACAAAAUCUCACACAUUCGCUGGAAUCCCUAAUGCCGCCGCCGUUGUUCUCUAAUCCGUCGAAUACUCAGCCGUAUCGUAUUCGUAGCUCAUCAGUCUCAUCUCAUCGAAAAAAUUGAUUUUUUUCAAAGAAAAUUUCAACGUUAAAGUACCUAGAUCUGAAUUUAUGCUCAAACUGCUACUCUACUAGAUUUUUGUGUUCUCUAAACAAAUAAAAUAUAUUGUAAUUUACUUAUAAUUUUUAAAAAUAGGUAAUUGUUUUAUGAUUAAUUUGUGCAAUUUGUAGUAGAUAUUAUCAAAAAUGUGAAUAUUACAUGUAUAUUGUGAAGUAUUAAAAAUAAACUCGUUCUCUUUUUGUA